AUGUAUGAGCCUUUUGUGACGAGAGUCAAAAGAAUUGAAGAUGUUGAUCCGAAUAAGUUUACGAAAGCAGAGCCUCCACUGCACCAAGCGGCAAGAAGGUUAAGUGGCGCAAUAAGUGCGUUAUUCAGCAAUUGCCAAAAGGUUGCAGAUUUAAAGUCAGACUUCGGCAUAAUGAAGCCUACACAAAAGGCUCUUGACAGAGUGCUUACAGGCCUCUGGGCAUCCAAUCAUUUCGACAACAAAUUUUCUAAUAAUUUGGAUGCACUGAAUGAUACGUUGGCUACAUUCAAUCCUAAGACAUACGGUGAGGGAAAGUAUCCUUAUAUUCUCGAGGCCUUUAGAAAAGGCUUCGCGGCAUUAUUCACAAAGCUGGAGCACGCGUACGUGAACGCCUACAGCGGUAUGAAAUUCACUAGAUUGUUAGCACCUAAAAAAGUAGAUGAGUCGGAAAAUGUUCCCGAUCCACAACGUCACGCCUCAAAUGUUGUUUCCACCUCCGGUCAACUGUCUGAUCCCAGCCGAACAAGGCGUUCCGCUCCCGCCGCCAGCAGUCCUGUUCCCAGCACUCAGCCAACAGCUCCCCCCGUCUCUGGCCAAAAGGCCGAGACAGAGUAUGAGUUAACCCCGAGGGCCGCGACUGCGCAAAGGAAAACUGAUAACCCGCUUGGCACAUGGCUGAGGGACCACGGCUUCCGAGUGCCGUCCGAGGAGGGAAAGCAAGAUGGCGAAUUGCGAAAUAACCUUGGCUUCACCGGGCAUAAAAUGAAAACUACACUGCUUGACCACAAUAUUCCCGGCGCUUCGCAGGUUCGAUCCCUACUUAACUGGGUGACUGAGGAGAGGAAAAAUGCUUCUCCGGGCAGCAAAAAGAGUGCCACGGGAAUCGAUGUCUUCGACAUUGCCCACUGCCUCCGCGACCUUUUCAGGAAAUACUAUGAAGUAUGCCACCAUGAGCAUGUCGAUUCGCCUAGAGCACCAAGUAACAUCUACGAUAUGCUUCAGUGGCUUGGUGGCCUGCGGUGGAAUCCGAUGUACAGCAAACUGAAGGAGCACCUUAGGACAUUGUUCCCCAAGCCUUUGAAGGAUGAUUCCAGGGAUUACAAGGAGAUUCCCGCAAAGGACUUGCAACUGGAAGCGUAUCCUAAGACAAUCACGUAUGACGACUUGAGCGAUGAACUGCUGCAAAGUGUUUGCAUAUACGCUCAAGAUGCGUUGAUCGGCAUACUGGGCCACGGGCACGCUGACGGUGUAUAUGCCUGUAACUUUUUCACAAAUACACAUAAAUUAUCCUAUCCUAGCAGCGUUGGUUCAUGCUUUGACAUGCUCAUAGACAUAGUAUUUAAAGUGCAACAUCAACUUCAUUUUGUAUAUAAGCAGUGUUGCGAUGCAACAGCACUCAGCGGUUGGAGUGACUGUGUAUACGGCAACGGAGUUGGUGGCUCUGGAUGGCAAUGCAAUCGGCUCCAAUGCCCUAACCAAAACACUGACCAAACACAUAACCAAACACAUAAGCAAACAUGUACCCAAAAGUGUGACCAAACUGUUAGUUGUGGCCUUAAGUCGCCGCUCCAAUCGUUUUUGGAGGACGGUUUGCAGGGGUUCUUGCCGCACCCUAUGACGAAACCACAGAGGUCAACCGUGCAAAACGCCGAUGGGCUUCUCGGACAUAAGCGUAACGGCCUCUCAUGUCAAAAAGGGGCUCAUCUUGCCGGGGUUCUUGACAGUUUCUGCGGUCCUACAUCCCACCUAAGUAGGUUGUGUCGUAAGCUGAAUUGCCUCCUUCGUAGAGCGCCGCAAACUCUUGGUGAUAUGCUUGCCUUUUACCACAAAUUCCUAUAUGAAUGGAACGGACAGGGUCGUAUGCACAGGCAGGAUGCAUUCUUGCAGGCCGUUAAUGACGCAAUUUUUGGCGAACAGUAUGGAAAGUUGGACGUUGUAUCCAUACAAUCCGGCAGAACGCACACUGAGAAACAUUCCCAAGGUGAUCUAUUUAGUUUGGUGGACUGUCAUACAUCUCCAACAGUGAAUACUCCCGUCGGUUCCUGCGGUCCAUAUUUGGAGUCAAUUAGUAAUGACAUCCGCCGAACAUUCUCCGAAAAGCGCGCUGGUAACUAUCUUUCAUGGGUGGUAUAUAUCACAGAGACAUUCUAUGACCUCCUUAAAAAACUGUACGAUGACUGCUGCAGUAACUGCAACAAGGCAGGCACCAGGUGCUAUGACAGAAGCUGUGCAGGAAAAUGUGCCAUAAAAUUAGCCUACGAUGCCGAGAAAGCUGGUGAGCAAGCAAAACAAUCAUCUCCGUCCCAGAGUACCAGUCAUCAAAGUAAAUGCCACUCCAUCGUAACAUGUCGAAAUAUGCAUCCUACACUUUAUAAGUACGGUUUCACCUUUGGUAGUCCACACAAACUCAGCGGUGAGGACAAGACAGUGGAGCAUCACAAAAGAACGUGCAAGGAUUUCUGUAUAACAUUAGGCAUUGUAAUUAAAGAAGGCAAUGUACUCUACAACCUAGUGCAUAAGGUAAUUCCAGAUUAUUUGUUUGCAAUACGUUUCAAAUUCGUCUGGACUCUUGUCGCCCUCUGGUCGCUGUCGCUCCUCUACCUGCUGCACAUCGCCGUCGUCCGCCUCGACGUCCUGCGCAUCCGCUCCCACCUGAGAUCACCCUCAAGCCACCGCAUCGCCGCGCAGUCGCUACUCGCCGCCGCACGCGUAAAGGCACUCGCCAACGUCAAGUACUUCUCACCAUAA